CCAGCAGCACCAUGGAAAGUAUUCGUCUCUUUGUAAACCAGGUGAAAUCCAAACUGGCUAGUCUGGACGAUGAAAGUGACUACUUUCGUCAAAUGGAAUGGGCAAUGGUGGUAGCAGGCAUAAGACUACCAUCCCAAAAUUCCACCUACCAAAGGUUGUUCAACUGCUACCGAAUCUUGAUGCUCCUUCAGUUUAGCAUUUGGGUUGAUAGGGUCUACGUGGCCUACACCGAGUGGAACUCUCCUGGCGAACUAAUUGGUGUAGUCGCCUUUUGCUUGGCAUUGGUGAUGAUCCUUUCGAGGGUGGUGCUAAUGAGAGUUUAUCUGAAGGAUCUGCUGAAGGUGCGAGAUGGAUUGGAAAAUCGACUUAAUAACCAUCACUCGGAAGGCCGAGUACGCUCGUAUCGGUUGAUACGUCGAUUUUUUAUGGUGUUGGAGUGGAUUUACUUAUUUGAUCAGAUCAUACUUUAUGCAUUUGGAAUCAACGAAGAACGCCAAUACAGUGUACCGGACAAUCUGCGAAGGUUGAGCAAAAGAUCGAAGCUAGGUUUCGACAUUUUCAUUUGUAGUAAUCAUUUCGUAUUCUCGUCGGUUUAUGCGUCUAUCUUGACCAUCAUGAAUACGGUGUUCAUGGGUUUCUCUACCGAACUGGAGAAUAUCGUAUCGGAGUGUAAUGGGAUAUUUGAGCGAGCUAGGCAACAAGUGACUGUUAUCCCUUUGUAUGAAGGAUCUUCAGAGCAUACAGAGAUGCGAGAAAAUCUCGUAUUUUGGAGCACUUUAAAAAAUGAAAUAAGUCUGAUUGCAGAGCGUCACUCUGAACUGAUAGAGCAUGUCGCAACAGUUAGAAACUUACUCAAAGUGAGUUUUCUGUUGAUAUUUUACACGGAGAUUGUGUUCAUCGGUUGUGCUUUAUUCUACGUUAAGCUGAUUGGCAUCACCAUGAAUACCGUCAUCGUAGUGAGUUACGUGGCUUCAAUUCUAUUGGAGUGCUAUUGGUUCUGUCGAUUGACGGAUAACAUAAACGGCACGAAUAGAGCGAUUGGGUUUGCACUGUACAAUCUGGACUGGCCGAUACAAUUGUGCGAUUUACCAAACUCACGGAAGCAAUACCUGGAAAUCCGGGCUUCUUUGCUGGUCAUGAUGACAAGAUCACAGCAGAAUCUGGGCAUCACCUGCGGAGGGAUGUUCGAAAUGUCAGCGCAAGCGUUUGACGAGUUGAUGAAAAUGAUUUACAGCUGUCUGAUGUUUCUGCUCAGUGUUACCACAUAAAGAUGUUAUGAUCUAUGUGAACAAUCCAUUUGAAGAAAAGCUGCAACCGUAUCUUAGAAAUUGUGCCCGAUGCACACAAUCUAUUGUUCGCCAAGAAUUAAUCAAUGAUUGGAAGGAAAUUCCUUAAAUCCUUCAUUGACUUAAAAAAAUGUUUGGAAAUUUACGUGAACUUUGUCAAGGAGAAAUCGAAAAAUUACAGACAAAACAAGUCAAAACAUCGAAUACCGAAACGUCGGAUCCCAGAAUGGACGAUAUGUUGAAAGAACAACACUUUGAAUCUUUUAUUAAUUUAGAACAGAACAAAUCUUCAAAGAAAUAUUUGUUCUCUUAAAACUCGCUCCUCCAGACGUUUUGUAAAAUUUCAGCUUUACUGGUUAGAUAGUUAAAACUUCUUGGGAGUUUAUAAUAAUAUUUACAAAAUUAUUUUGAUUAUUUAAAAUGUCCAUCUUUUUCCAGGAUAUGAAUCUCAAACCGAAUAUCAACAGGUAUAUGUAUGUAUUGCUAAAUUUAAUAUCCUGCAAAUAGAUAAUGAAAUAUUAUGUUGAUGUGUCCACAGUCCGGGAAGUCUCUCUUCUAAAACCUCUUCAUCCUGAAUUUAUAGCAAUGUAAUCAUCUAGUUUCAAUCAAGUUAAAAGUACCAAAAUAAUCAGGUAGGAAAAUGACAUAACAAUCCUUUCCUCUUUGGAAACUUUCUUAGAACUCGUUUAAAAGACACCUACACGCAACAAUAGCUCAUAAAACAUUAAAUUCAUUAGAUUUAUAAUGCUUAACAUUAUAUUUGACAACUUCGUCAACACUUAAGAACAAUUUUAUUCAUUUCAAUACAGCAGGCGCUUCUUCUUUUGUGAAGCGUUCUAAUUCUAAUUCUAAAUUGGCAAAUUCACCACCGCAAAGAAAACCGAUCAUCGCCAACACACGUUUCCAUGAUCCUCGUCACCACUUUUAUAAUCGGCAAAUAAAAAAUAAAAUAAUAUGUUCAUG